AUGUUUGAAGAAAUCUUCGGCAGAAAUAUCAAACAUCAAGACGUUCUCUUACAGACAAUGGGCAGUAUCACAGUGAUCACUCUUAUAGUCAUUACAACUGUGGAGUUCAUUUUUGGAAAUGUAGGAAAUGGAGUCAUAGCACUGGUGAUCAGCAUUGACUGGGCGAAGAGAGGAACAAUCUCCUCAAUAGAUCAAAUUCUCACUGCGUUGGCAAUAUCCAGAAUUGUUCUGCUCUGGUUAAUGUUCAUACAUUUGUUUGUGUUUGUGUCUAAUCAAGGUUUCUUAGUCAGUGGUAAAGGUAUAAGAAUGUUCAAUAAUAGCUGCAUAGUGACUAGUCACUUUAGCAUCUGGCUUGCUACCUGUCUCAGCAUCUUUUACUUUCUCAAGAUAGCCAAUUUUUCUAACUCUAUUUUUCUCUACCUAAAGUGGAGAGUUAAAAAGGUGGUCUCAGUGAUACUACUGGUGUCCUUGAUUCCUUUGCUUUGUAAUCUUGUGCUAGUAAACAUACAUAUGGAUGCUUGGGUUGAUACAUAUAAAAGAAAUACAACUAGUUUGAAUAACUCUGCACGAUAUUUCAAGCUUCUUUUACUCAUUAACACUAUGUUUACGCUCAUCCCCUUUACUAUGUCAUUGAUAACUUUUCUCCUGCUAAUCUUUUCACUGUGCAGACAUCUCAGGAUAAUGCAACAUGAUGCCCAAGGACCCAGAGAUGCUAGCACCAAAGCCCACAUAACAGCCCUGCAGUCUGUGAUUGCCUUUCUCCUCCUCUAUGCAAUUUUCAUUCUGUCUUACUUGAUACCAGUUUUUAUCUCUGACUUGGUGAAUAAAAAUGUGCUUCUCAUGUUUUUCCAAGCUACUGGAAUUGCUUUUCCUUCAGGACACUCAGGUGUCCUGAUUCUGGGGAACAAUAAGUUAAGACAAGCCUCUCUCUCAGUGUUGUGGUGGCUGAGACACAAGUUCAGACAAUGA